CCGCGCCUUACCUGGGCCAGGCAGGGCCUCCCCUCACCACUGGACCUGCUCCGACCGCUGGCUCCUCCACGGCCAUGGGGGCCCCGGCGACCCUGCUCCUGCUCACCGCUCUGCACCUGUCGCCCGCCUGGGCCCAGCAGGCCACGGAGCGCCAUCUGAAGCCGUGGCUGGUGGGCCUGGCUGCGGUCGUGGGGUUCCUGUUCAUCGUCUUCGUCCUCAUGCUGGCCAACCGCAUCUGGUGCUCCAAAGAGAGAGUUGAAGAUGAGGAGGGCACUAUGCUGAGAAUGGAGACCCACCCCCAUCAGGACAUAUACCAGAGUGAAGAAGGCAAGAGGGAGAGGAAAGAGGAAGAGAGGAAGAAGGGGAGCAAGGCGGCAAAGGAAGGAAGGAAGAACCUGGGGCUGGAGCUGGAGGAGAGAGAGGAGCCCAGUGACGACGGGAAAGCCAAGAACGUGGCCAUGUGAACACUCCUGCCACUUCCUCCAGGCAGCAUCCCGAGAUGCCCCCUCUGCACCCUAUAAACAGUGACCUGGAACUGAAGCCACCAAAAUGACGCCGUCUGGGGUCGAGAAUGCAGCACCCUGCCCCUCAGGGAGGGCUCUGUGUGGGCCCCGUGGUCUUUAUUUGUCUCUUUCCUGAUUUGUCCCGCCCAGGGGGUUCUUCUCGCGCUUGGAGAGCAUUCCUGGUUGCAAAGAGACCCCUCCAGCUCCCACACUCUUAUGGCUCCACCUUCUUCUACCCACUGCCUGAUUUCUUUUCCCUCUGCCUGAUGUCUGCUGGCCGGAACCUCCUCCCUCCUACGAAGCCUGGGGACCAGCAUCCACUGGGUGCUGCCUCUCAGGGAUCUACAUUAGAGUUGAUGAGAGCCCUUCAGAAGGACUCCUGUUGUUCCUGAGGACUCAGUUUCCCCCUGAGGGAGGCAGCCUUUGGGGGCCGGGUAAUGCCCAGACAGGUAUGGAAGCUGAGCAGUAGUGUCCAGAUGCCCGGGGUGGAUUAAACACGCCCCCUGCAACCUUCAUCCCACUGCCACGAGCCCUGGACUUUGAGCCCCAAGUGCUGUCUCCUGGGAGAUCCUUGCUCCCCUGCCACCUCGUCUGGGUCACACGAUGCCACGUUCUUAGGAACUGGGUCUUCCCGGGGCCCUGCACUGUAUCGGGAAGGUUUGGGUACUUUCUCCUCCCCGGCCCCAGCCCUCCCCUUCUCACUUUCUCCAGGCCCUGAGCCUUGCCCUGGACUUUAGCUCUUCCUUACUGAGGACCUUGACACAGGCUGGCAUUUGGGGCUCCAUUCUGGGGCGGGGAGCUGGGGUGGGUAGGAUUCAGCCCGGAAGGCGAGGGGCUUCUGCUCUAGAGCACUUCCAGGACUGCUCACCAGGGGGCAGAAAAAAACAUAAAUAAAACAAACGCAAUAAAUGCCCUAAUGG